AUGAGUCGGAUCUCUUUCAGAUCAUCUACUGGAGGGGGCAUGAGGGGCUUUAGCUCAGGCUCUGCUAUCGUAGGAGGUGGCAGUGGUACCAGAAGCAGUUUUAGCUCCGUCUCUGUUUCCAGAGUUGGAGGAGGAAGAGCCGGAGGUGGAGGAGGCUUCGGAGCUGGUGGUGGCUUCGGCAGCAGAAGUCUCUAUAACCUAGGUGGAAGCAAAAGAAUUUCCUACAGCUCAGUCGGAGGUCUACGGAGUGGAGCCAGUGGUGGAUACAGCUUUGGUGGAGGAUCUGGCUUUGGUCUUGGCUAUGGUGGUGGAGCAGGAGCUGGUUUUGGCUUAGGAGGUGGUGGUGGCGGCUAUGGGCUGGGCAGUGGAUUUGGGAUGGGAGGUCCCGGAUUUGGUGGUCGAGGUGGCCCCGGGUUCCCUGUUUGCCCACCUGGUGGCAUCCAUGAAGUGACUGUCAACCAGAGCCUCCUCGCACCCCUCAAGCUGGAUAUUGACCCAGAAAUCCAGAAGGUGCGAACGCAGGAGCGGGAGCAGAUCAAGACCCUCAACAACAAAUUUGCUUCCUUCAUCGACAAGGUGCGCUUCUUGGAGCAGCAGAACAAAGUGCUGGAGACCAAGUGGAGCCUUCUCCAAGAGCAAGGUCACACAGUCACCAGGAAGUCCCUCGAGCCCCUUUUUGAAGCCUACAUCAACAACCUCAGACGGCAGCUGGACAGUCUUAUGGGAGAGAGGGGACGGUUGGACACUGAACUGAGGAACAUGCAGGACAUGGUGGAAGACUUCAAGAACAAAUAUGAAGAUGAGAUCAACCGGCGCACCGGUGCAGAGAACGAGUUCGUCGUCCUCAAGAAGGAUGUGGAUGGUGCUUAUAUGAACAAGGUCGAGCUGCAGGCCAAAGCAGAUCAGCUGGCAGAUGAAAUCAACUUCCUGAGAGCUCUCUACGAAGCGGAAUUGUCCCAAAUGCAGCAGCAGGUAUCUGACACCUCCGUGGUCCUGUCCAUGGACAACAACCGUAACUUGGAUCUCAACAGCAUCAUUGCAGAGGUCAAAGCGCAGUACGAGGACAUUGCCAACCGGAGCCGGGCAGAGGCUGAGGCUUGGUACCAAAACAAGUACGAGGAGCUCCAGGUCUCUGCUGGGCGACACGGCGAUGACCUGCGCAACACCAAGAUGGAAAUUUCAGAGAUCAACAGGAUGGUCCAGAGGCUGCGGAAUGAGAUCGAGAGCGUGAAGAAGCAGUGUGCCAACCUGCAAGCAGCCAUUGCCGAGGCGGAGGAGCGCGGGGAGAUGGCCCUCAAGGACGCCAAGGCCAAACUGUCCGAGCUGGAGGAUGCUCUGCAGAAAGCCAAGGCAGACCUGGCCCGGCAGCUCCGCGAGUACCAGGAGCUCAUGAAUGUCAAGCUGGCCCUGGACAUCGAGAUUGCAACCUACAGGAAGCUGCUGGAGGGAGAGGAGAGCAGGCUUGCUGGAGAGGGAGUCGGAGCCGUGAGUGUCUCGGUGGUCAGCAGCUCCAGUGGGAUGGGCUACGGCGGCGGCAGCUGCCUGGGCAUGGGAGGAGGUCUCGGCAUGGGAGGCGGCGGCGGCGGCGGCUACAGCAUGAGCAGCGGCUUCGGCGGUGGGAGCGGAGGCUUUGGCGGGAGCGGAGGCUUCGGCGGGGGGCUCAGCUACGGCGGGGGAAGCACCUUCAGCUCCGGGAGCAGCCGAGGCGUCAGCUCCAGCACGGGAGGCAGCGUGAGGAUCGUUUCCAAGACCACUACUAGCAAAAAGACCAUCAGAUAA